CUUUUUCUGGCUAAUAACUGUGGAAGUACCUGCAUAUUAUUUUUUGCAAUUUUGUGCUGCGAAGCGAUUACCACCCACAAAAUUCACAUAGUAAUUUGAUACUCGCAAAACAAUUGUAUAGAUAGCAUGGCUGUAACUCAGAACAAGGACACAGCCUAAUUUUUAUAUACAAAACACUUCUACGGGACAUUCAUCUUCCUAAUUACACUAAUAAUUUAUACCCCUGAGUAUACGGAUAUACAAUGGAGAAUGGUGCUUUGGAGACAGUCAGUAGAAUAUACUUUGUUAUGAGAAUGCCCUUUCUACAUGCACUCUAUCGGCAAUUUCAUCCUUUCAAUCACUGCGCUCAUUUCCGUAUACAAAAUAAUGUAUAGGAGUGACCUGUUUUUCACUCUCGUAUAGUCAGCAGCUUGAGCUUAUAUAUGCCUAACCUAUAGGAAGCUCACACAAACUAAAUGACCUGAUCAUGCAGGAGGAUCACACUUAUGCGUUAUAGGGACGGAGAUUAAUGUUCAAUAUAAAUACACUUCGCCUCACAUGGAUUGCAGUUUCCCCUGUGUUCUGUGAUCGAAAAAUUUACAGGCUUGUUAUCAUGACAUAAGAAAUAAUUAUACAUCCCCUAUAUACAUGCGUGUAGGCAUCAAAACUACAUCCUGUAUACAUAAAAGGAUAUAUAUAGCUAGAAUCUAUCCUAUUGCUACUAUCAAAAUGCAGGUCUCAAAGAUAUUGGUGUUAGUUGUCGCUACUAUUGCUACAGCUCAAUCAUCACAAGUGAAUGUAGAGUGUUUCAAUGGACAAAUUAGUGAAGGUACUACUAAUUUCCCUGAGUACUGUUACAAUGGAGAAUGGAGAUGGAUCUGUUACCAAGACAGUCAGUGGAACCACGAGAAGACAAUAUCUGUAUGCACACAACUGGGUUACAGUGCACUCGGAGUAGCAGACAACCAAUGUGGGACUAUUCAAAGAAAAGUUGUCACACUGACUAACUGCAAUGCACAGCAUUUCACAGAAUGCAUGGUCACGGCCAGUGACAACUGCACUACCUGUUCUUACUUGUCUUUAAGAUGUUCCGCAGCCAUCUGCACUCAUGGAGAGAUAAGACUGGUGGGUGGGUCCACUGACAGAGAGGGACGAGUGGAGGUGUGUGUGGGUGGCAGGCGAUGGAGGACAGUUUGCACUGGCAGUCAAGAACUGGCCGGAGCCGUUUGUUCACAAAUGGGAUACAUCUUUGAAGCAAGUGCUGUUGCACUACCAAACUCAUUUCCUCCUGGAGCAUUCCCAGAGUACAGACUAGACUGUACACAAAUAAGCAAUGGAGCAUGGCACUGUAGUCCAGUUUAUCAACAAUGUGACAGCUUUGUGGAGCUUGGAGUUGUUUGUAAAAACUAUGAAGAUCUAUACAAUGAAUGCUCAAGGAACUGUACACUGUUAGUUACUACACAGUCACCUACCACCCAGCAAGUUACUCAAGGGGAAGCUGUUUGUGCUAACAAUACGACCGUGGCAGUAAUCAAUCCACUAACAUGCACAUGUACUGACGACAGUUCUACCAAGGGGCCAAAAUAUACAUCUAAACCUGCUGACAUUUCCACCCUCACUGCUGGCAUUGGUAUACUAGCGGCUCUGUUACUAGCUGUAUCAGUUGGUUGGAUAGUGUCCUGUGUUAUUCUACUCAGGAGAGAACAGACUGUGCACAAACAACAUGUUGAUGCAGGUACUAUCUCAACAAGGAGCUACACACAACAGAACAUCAACACACAGCUCUACGCUGAGGCCACCCCACCUGAUACAACCUACAGUAGACUGAACGGAGAUAAUAAACAGACGGAAGAAAUUGCUACCUACGAUUACGCUGAUCCCAACCAGAUAAGAGCAGAGUGUUUCCAAGCAACCAACCCACCACCAGUGAGUGGUGAAGCUAUCGUGAGAGAAGAGGAGUUCUACAUUGCUGAGGAUCACACGUACGCAGCUGUUAAUAAGAAACUCAAGAAGAAAAAGAAGCCGAAGAAUGCAGGAUCUGAUGGAGAGGGAGAGGGUGAAGCCCCGCCUCCUUUUGUCAGCACCCUGGCUGAAGUGAAACUGAAAGAGGAUCAAAUAAGAAUAACAGUGGACAUUUGCUGCAUCAAGUACAUCAAGUAAGAGUCAUGGUAACUGACCAAUCCGAGCACCUGGAGACUUGCCUCAAUUAAGGUAACAAUACCAAAUUGACAUUAUUGAUCACACGUUUCAGACAGGAAUACCGAAUAUAUCAUUAUUAU